UUCCAUCCCUAACCGGCUGUUUCGUGUUUUUGUUAUUUCAUAAUAUACUAUUAAGAAAAAGCUUCAAGGAUCGACAAAAUGCAAGGCACAAGGAGCACCCGCCUGCUGUCACUGGCCAGGAGAUUCGUUCACAUGCGGACGGUGGCGCAAUCCGCCCGUGAAUCCACAGGAUCCGAAGCGGAAAGGCCAAAAGGAGCGGAAUCCACUACCGGAUCGGAGGAAACCACGCAUUUCGGUUUCCAAACGGUCAGGGAAAGCGAGAAGGAGCAAAAGGUGCACGAGGUCUUCGAACAGGUGGCCAACUCUUAUGAUAUGAUGAACGAUGCCAUGUCCCUGGGCAUCCAUCGCGUGUGGAAGGAUGUGUUCGUGGAGCGACUGGGUCCUCAGCAUGGGAUGCGCCUCCUGGACAUGGCCGGCGGCACCGGGGACAUUACCUUCCGCUACCUACGUUACCUGGCCAACCAACCGAAUCCCCAGAAUCGCGCCAGCCAUGUCACCGUCUCGGACAUCAACCAGCACAUGCUGGACGUCGGCGAGGAGCGGGCCAAGCGGCUGGGCCUGACCACCGACAAACUGCCCAACUCCACCGUCGCCUGGCAGUGUGCCGAUGCCGAGAAGCUGCCUUUCCAGGACGAGAGCUUCAGCGCCUACACCAUUGCCUUCGGCAUCAGGAACUGCACGCAUGUGGACAAGGUUAUUUCCGAGGCGUAUCGUGUGCUGCAGCCGGGCGGCCGCUUCAUGUGCCUGGAGUUCAGCCACCUGACGAACGAGACGAUGCAGUGGCUGUAUGACCAGUACUCCUUCCAGGUGAUACCGCCGAUGGGCCAACUGCUGGCCGGCCAGUGGCAGGCGUACCAAUAUCUGGUGGAGAGCAUCCGGCGGUUCCCCAAGCAGGAGCAGUUCAAGCAGAUGAUCGAGCAGGCGGGUUUCGACCAGGUGUCCUACGAGAACCUCACCUUCGGCGUCGUCAGCAUUCACUCCGGCUUCAAGCUGUGAGAUCUCCGUGCGACUUCUGUUGUAAGCGAUUUAGAAACAACCCGGUGGGGCUUACCUCCUUUGUAUGUUCACAUUUCCCCAUGCUGCUCACGUCGGACAGGUCAUAAAGCAUCGAAUUGAACAAGCUA